AGACAUCAAUUAGUUGUCAACAAAUUCAAAGUAAACCGUUCUUACCUUUUGCAAAGUCUCAUUGAUGUUUCUAUACUCCGCGCCUCUGGCCUUCAGCUUGUCGUAUAAUUAAAAUUAUAAACAAAACGUGGAAGCGGUUCGCGCGCUAACCAACACUAUCAGCUGUCGAAUCUCGAAAAACGAUACCCGAUAUCAGAAAUCGAUGACAGUCUUGUUUUUGUGCUGGAAUUAAGGCGAUAUAAGACAAUUCCUUGGGUAUUGCCAACAAUUUAAGACAAAAUGUCGCUUACUCCCUUUCUACGCCUGCCCUUAACCGAUCUGACCGGGUGUCUAAUAAACCACCAGACCUACGACAAGUGCGGAAAAUUCGAGAUGAAAAUGAUGGAGUGCUUUGAGGCGUAUGGACUGGAGCGUGGAAAACGGGAGUGCGCCGACCUGAUCUCCGACUUUCAGGAGUGCGUCGGCAUGCAGAAGCAACUGAUGCGCUUCCAUGCCAUGCGAAACGAACGUUACAAGCAGUGGCUCAAGGGGGAGCGUAAGGGACAGGAAUUCUUUGCGGAUCCGCCACGCGUUGAUGCCUACUAGACGUAGACCCUUUUUCUUGGUUAGUUCCACAUUGUAAAACCGCAAAUUGUGUAAAAAUAAAAAGAGUAACAAUUCUGGUAAUA